CUGAGUUUGCUUUUCGUAGGGUAACUGAAAUGGAUGGAGCAGAGCGGAAAAGAAGUGUCUGCGCCAAGCCAGAGCCAGAGGCUCAGCAGAGCAUAACGACAGACAGGGAGGUAAAGCGCGACACGAUUCCCGAGCGAGUGACACUCAAAAAAGAAAUAGGACUACUGAGCGCUUGCACUAUUAUUAUUGGUAACAUCAUAGGAUCUGGAAUCUUCAUCUCUCCUAAAGGCGUUCUCGAGCACUCAGGUUCUGUUGGGUUGGCUCUGGUGGUAUGGAUGUUAGGAGGCUGCAUAGCUGCGCUUGGCUCCCUCUGUUAUGCUGAACUUGGCGUCACUAUCCCCAAGUCAGGCGGCGACUACUCAUAUGUCACAGAGAUUUUUGGGGACCUUGUCGGGUUCCUGCUGUUGUGGAGUGCAGUGCUAAUCAUGUACCCCACCACUCUGGCUGUCAUAGCCCUCACCUUCUCCAACUAUGUCCUGCAGCCUGCCUUUCCUAACUGUGUCCCUCCAUAUAUGGCCACGCGAAUGCUCUCCGCGACCUGCAUAUUAUUUCUGACAUGGGUGAACUGCUUCAGCGUGCGUCUGGCCACACGUAUCCAAGAUAUCUUCACUGUGGGGAAGCUUCUGGCUCUGGGCCUCAUCAUAGCUGUAGGACUGCUUCAGAUCUAUAAAGGUGACUACGAGGGCCUUACUCCACAGGUAGCAUUUGAGUUCUAUAAGACUCCAUCCGUGGGGCAGAUUGCGCUGGCCUUCCUUCAGGCCUCCUUUGCCUUUAGUGGCUGGAACUUCCUCAACUAUGUCACAGAAGAGGUGGUGGACCCCAGGAGGAACCUUCCACGUGCUAUUUACAUCUCCAUUCCCCUGGUGACUUGUGUGUACACACUCACCAAUAUUGCCUACUUCUCCUCCAUGUCUCCAGAGGAGCUGCUGGCCUCCAAUGCUGUGGCUGUUACAUUUGGAGAGAAACUGCUUGGAAUGUUCUCCACCCUCAUGCCCAUCUCUGUGGCCCUGUCCACCUUCGGAGGCAUUAAUGGCUACCUCUUCACCUCAUCCAGACUUUGUUUCUCUGGUGCGAGAGAAGGACACUUACCCAGCCUACUGGCUAUGAUUCACUUUAAGAGCUGCACCCCCAUCCCUGCCCUGCUUGUCUGUUGCACUGCAACAAUUGUAAUAUUGUGCAUUGGUGAAACACACAAUCUUAUAAACUAUGUAUCCUUCAUCAACUACCUCUCUUACGGAGUCACCAUUGCUGGCUUGCUGUAUUACAGAUGGAAGAAGCCAAAUCUGUACAGACCUAUCAAGGUGAGUCUGCUGGUGCCUUUGUGCUACCUGAUGUUCUGGGCACUGUUGCUGGGCUUCAGCCUGCACUCGGAGCCUGUGGUGUGUGGCGUGGGACUGGUCAUUAUGCUCACUGGGGUGCCUGUGUACUUUCUGGUUGUGUAUUGGAAAAACAAACCAAAGUGUGUCUAUGACUUCACUGAGUGGGCCACAUAUCUGGGUCAGAGAGUGUUUUUUGUGGUUUUCCCCCAUAUUGACCCCACUGAAGCCACAACAUCAUCAAAAUGGAAUGACAAGUCUUCUGUCACAAGCACAGCUGCUGGCCCUGUCUAACCUUUAUAUUUUUGUCUGUUUAAGAGAACAAACAUUUCAUGCUUCUUGGGUAGGUGGAUGGUGGGUUAUGUGAGUGCCCCUUGUUUUAAAGCCCUGGAGUAUGAUUCUUGGGUUAGUUUUCAAAUGCGAAUGUCCAUGUGUUAAUUCAUGGGCCUUGCACAAUGUUUUUCUCCCCUUUUGUGUUUGCACCAUUUCAUGCAAAAUAAUGUCAUGUGUAUGUUAACGUUUAAAAUAGAUUUCCAAUGCUUUAUAGAUGUACUUGUAAAUAUAUAUUAAAUGUUUCUAAUCAGUUAUUUGAUUUAUGUAAAUGUUUCCCAUUACCUUUAAACUAUGUUUUACUGUGUAUAUACUGAAAUCAAUUCUUCAGAAGUACCGUAUAACUGGGAUUAUAAUACUCUGAUUUAUGGUCACUGUAAUUCUUUAUAUUAAGAAUUAUGUCCAGAUUGCCUUUUUAUUACAUGCUUUACAGUGGUAACUGCUUGCUCAAUAAGAUCUUGAAGGCAUACAUAAAUUUGGGACAAAUAAGGAUUAGUGAUCAGAGUAUUUAUUAAGUGGCAUUUGGUGAAGUAUACAAGACUUGCGUGAGGUGCUAAAAGUCCCGCACGGUCCGCGUCCGUUACCUCUUUAAUCCAGCUCUUAAAAUCUGGAGUUCAGGGAUGCAUUUUCAGUCUUGUGAAUGAACUCAGAAUCAUAAUUCAGUGACAACCACUAUUACUAUCUGAUCAAGUAUGCAUUUCAGUAACAGAUGAGGGUGCAUGACAAACUGCAUCUUACUCCUUAUAAAAUCAUUGUUUUUUGUUGUUGUUGUUUUUUGUUUUUGUUUUUUUUAAAGUGGUUAAGAACUCAAUCUAAUUUUGUAUCAAUUUUUUAUUAUGUUUAUUUUCUAAUAUGUGUUUCAUUUUUAGGAGUACUUUCAAAUAGUUUCAUUGAGAUCAUAGUUCUCUGCACAAAAACUUAAACCUCUCUGUAUCUCAUUCCUGGGCAGCUGUGGAAACAAACUGCACUAACUAUUGCACAUUGCUAAUUUAAAAAAUUAUCAGUGUUGUUCUAUUCUAAUGUAAGUAUGUCUGAGCUGUUAUGUACAUCCUGCUGUCAGUACCCUUUCACAGUAUGGUUUCAGCAACAACAGAAAGCUUUAUCAGCUAUACUUAAAUAUUAGCUCAUGGCCUUUUCUCCAGCAUGGGCCAAGACCACCUGUAGUCGAUUUGCUGUAAAUAAUUUGCAGGGACCCUGGACUGGAUAGUAAUAAAUGUAGCCAAUUGUUUUACACGUCUUGAUCAAGUACAUAAUAAACAAAAUAAUGUAGAGGUACAACACUCUACACAGAAAUCAAGGGACAUUAUUGCACUUUGUUAGUUACCGUUAAGUUGUACUUUUUUUCGUCUUGCUCCUAUUUGCCUAUGCAGAGUUUUAAAGGAUUCAUUUUGCAAUGGCUAAAAAUGACAUGUGAAACUGUAAAUUAUUUGUAAAGUUUAUUUUCAGUGGAAGAGAUGUUUAAUUUUAACUGUACCUAGAUGUUUACUGAUCCUUAAUGUUUUUGUAAGUGAUGAGAUGAUUUAACAGUUAGCACAGUUAAUAAAGUAUGAGU